UAUAGAUUUCCGAUCAAAUUAUGAACAAAAUGAAUCAAAUACAACAAUCCUGACAGAAUUGUCUCCAAUCUUGAACAGAACCAAACUCGCGGCCUGUGCUAAUUUCUACGCACUAAUUGGGCCAACGUAGGCAGCCUUGUUUUAAGUGCUCGUUCUCGUCAAAUUCCUUCCCGUUCUCUGUGAUGCGCCGCGCAUCAUUACGCCUCCUCGGGACUCUCAAACCCUCCCUUCGCUUCUCCUGUCUCUCCGCCCUCCUCCUCCGUUCCCUAACUCUCUCUCUCCACCACCUCGCGUCCUCCUCUCCCAGCUCCACCAAUGGCGGCGGCGGCACUCCUCCGCCGAUCUCCUCCCCACUCCGCAGCGAAGACCGCAGCGCCGACGCGGCCGUCGCCCGGUCCAACCACGCCAUCACCCGGCUGAGCCGCCUGGGCCGCAUGGCCGACGCGCGUCACCUGUUCGACCGAACGCCCCAUAGAGACGUCAUCUCGUGGACGGCGAUCAUCUCCGGCUACGCCCGCUACGGUAUGCUUCGCGAGGCGCGCCUCCUCUUCGACCGCGCCGACGCCCGCAAGAACGUGGUCACGUGGACCGCGUUGCUCUCCGGCUAUGUCCGGUCAGGGCGCCUCAAAGAGGCCGAGGAACUGUUUGAACAAAUGCCCGAGAGGAACGUGGUGUCGUGGAACACGAUGGUCUCCGGCUAUAUAGAGAGCGGACUUGUCGAUCAAGGGUACGAGCUGUUUAAGCAGAUGCCGGAGAGGAAUGUGGUAUCGUGGAAUGCAAUAAUAACUGCGCUGGCUCAGUCAGGAAGGAUUGUCAAAGCAUACGAUCUGUUUAGAUCGAUGCCUGAGAGAGAUGUGAUUUCGUGGACAGCGAUUGUUGCAGGAUUGGCGCAGAAUGGAAAGGUCGAUGAUGCUCGCGAUGUGUUUGAUCAAAUGCCUCAGAGAAAUGUUGUCUCUUGGAAUGCCAUGAUAUCAGGUUAUGCCCAAAAUCGGAGGCUUCAUGAAGCUCUUGAUCUGUUUCAAAAAAUGCCCAAGAGGGAUAUUCCUUCGUGGAACACGAUGAUCACUGGGUUAAUUCAGAAUGGUUGCUUGAACCGAGCUAGGGAUUUGUUUGAUAGAAUGAAGGAUAGAAAUGUCAUUACUUGGACUGCAAUGAUAUCAGGCUAUGUUCAAGAUGGGCAGAAUGAAUUGGCCUUAAAGAUGUUUGUUGAAAUGCUUAGUAAUUGUGUUAAUCCUAACCAGGGGACAUUUGUGAGUGCUCUUGAUGCUGUAAGUAAUUUAGCAGCACUCCAAGAAGGGCAACAAAUACACCAGAUCAUAAGCAAAACCAUAUUUCAGUUUGAUCCGUUCGUCGAGUCGGCUCUCAUGAAUGUGUAUGCAAAAUGUGGCCAGAUAUGUAUUGCUCGGAAGGUGUUUGAUAUGUCAAAGCGGAAGGAUUUGGUCUCUUGGAAUGGUAUCAUUGCGGCUUAUGGACAUCAUGGAAAUGGUAGAGAGGCAGUAAGCUUGUUUGAAGACAUGCAGAAAAAUGGGUUUAAACCAAAUGAUGUGACCUAUGUGGGCUUGCUUUCAGCAUGUAGCCAUUCCGGUUUGGUUGAUGAGGGGCUUAGAAUUUUUAAUUCGCUGAUAAAAGAUGGAUCGAUUGAAGUGCGGGAAGACCAUUAUGCUUGCUUGAUUGAUCUUUGUGGGCGAGCCGGGCGGCUCGAAGAAGCUAAAAAUCUAAUUAACAAGCUUAAUAUUAAGCCUUCAUCAGGUUGUGUGUGGGGAGCCCUUAUUGCUGGGUGCAAUGUUCAUGGGAAUGAAAGUAUAGGGAAGGUGGCAGCUAAGAAACUCUUGGAAGCGAAACCUAAUAAUGCAGGAACUUACAUGCUACUGUCAAACAUCUAUGCUUCUGCUGGGAAAUGGAGAGAAGUGGCAAAAAUAAAGUUGAAGAUGAAAGACAAAGGGCUCAAGAAACAGCCUGGAUGCAGUUGGAUUGAGGUUGGGAAUAGGGUUCAUGUGUUUGUUGUGUGUGAUAAGUCCCAUGGAGAGUCUGAUUUGAUCUAUAGCUUGCUACAAGAUCUCCAUCACAAGAUGAAGAUGGAUGGUUACACACCCGAUAUGAGUUGGAUAAACAAAUGAUUAAGAACUAAUGAUUUGACCUAGUUUAGCGCAGGUUCAUUGAAGUAUGAAAGAGCAUUGUGCAGCGCAGGUUCAUUGAAGUAUGAAAGAGCAUUGUGCUUUGUUAGUCGAUCUAUAUGGUUGAAUUGGCAGCUCAAGUAAGCUGCAAAAACAGUGAAGGGCUUUAGAUCAAGUGCCUUUUUGGCCUAGGCUCUAUUUGUGAAUUCCAUUGCAAACCCCCACCAUUUACAUGUUUAAAUAUUACAUGUUCUCACCCCCAUCAUUUUUCAGAUGACGCGGUCGGUAAGGGUUGGGACGAUGCAUGAGGACGGUGCUACAUAGUUGUCCCAGAGUUAUUCGUUGUUGACGUUCAUUAUCCUUCUGUUGGAUUUGUUUAGUUCUUUGCACACUGAUGUUUAAAUAUUAAUAGAUGUAUUUGAAAUAUUGUUUUAUUAUGAUUAAAUAGAUGUUUGUGUUGUGUGGU